AAGCCAGUGUGUUAGCAGAGAGGCUACGUGGUGAACACACAUCAGACUGGGCACCCGGAUAGUGACAGAAAUACACCGCUGCUGCACCAUGGUGAAAAUUACAGUGAUCAAGACCAAACCGUACACCGAUCAGAAGCCUGGAACCAGCGGGUUGAGAAAGAGAGUGACCGUGUUUCAGCAGAACCAGCAUUAUGCGGAAAAUUUCAUCCAGAGCAUUAUCUCAACCAUUGACCCUGCGCACAGGCAAGAGGGCACACUGGUAGUAGGAGGAGAUGGACGGUUCUUUAUGAAGGACGCUAUUCAGUUGAUCGUCCAAAUUGCGGCUGCUAAUGGGAUUGGCAAGCUGGUCAUUGGUCACAAUGGAAUUAUGUCAACGCCCGCUGUAUCCUGUGUGAUUCGUAAGAUCAAAGCCGUCGGGGGAAUCAUCCUGACCGCAAGUCACAACCCGGGUGGCCCUAAUGGAGACUUUGGCAUCAAGUUUAACAUAUCUAGUGGAGGUCCUGCACCGGAGGGCAUCACAGACAAGAUCUUUCAGAUCAGCAAAAGCCUCCAGGAGUACCACAUCUGCCCUGAGCUCAAGGUGGACCUCUCCACCAUUGGGAAACAAACCUUUGAGGUGGACACGUUCAAGCCCUUUACCGUGGAAAUUGUGGACUCAGUGGAUUCAUAUGCAGAGAUGCUAAGAGAGAUCUUUGAUUUUGCUGCUUUGAAAGAGUUACUUUCAGGACCCAAUCACAUCAAUGUACGACUGGAUGCAAUGCAUGGAGUGGUUGGUCCAUAUAUAAGGAAGAUUGUGUGUGAAGAGCUGGGUUCCCCUGCCAACUCUGCUGUUAACUGCAUCCCCUCUGAAGACUUUGGGGGACACCAUCCUGAUCCUAACUUAACAUAUGCAGCUGAUCUGGUUAAUAAUAUGAAGGGAGGCGAAUAUGACUUUGGUGCAGCAUUUGACGGUGAUGGUGAUCGUAACAUGGUUUUGGGUAAGCAUGGAUUUUUUGUAAACCCCUCAGACUCUGUGGCAGUCAUUGGUGCCAACAUUACAUGCAUCCCUUAUUUCAAGAAGACUGGCGUAAAGGGUCUGGCCCGCAGUAUGCCCACCAGUGGUGCUCUGGACAAUGUGGCUAAAGCUUUGAAGAUGACGCUUUAUGAGACACCCACAGGCUGGAAGUUCUUUGGUAACUUGAUGGAUGCUGGCAAGUUAUCCCUCUGUGGUGAAGAAAGCUUUGGUACUGGUUCUGAUCAUAUCCGUGAGAAAGAUGGGCUUUGGGCGGUGCUCGCUUGGCUCUCAAUACUGGCUUCUCGCAAACAGAGUGUCGAGGACAUCAUGAAAGACCACUGGCAGAAGUUUGGUAGAAACUUUUUCACGAGAUAUGACUAUGAGGAGGUAGAGUCUGACGCUGCAAAUAAGAUGAUUGAAGUCUUAGAGAAGACUAUGUUUGAUAAAGCCUUUGUAGGACAGAAGUUCUCUUCCGGGGAUAAAACGUAUCAAGUGGAGAAGGCCGAUAACUUUGAAUACACGGAUCCAGUUGAUGGUAGUGUCUCAAAAGGACAGGGUUUGAGGAUCAUCUUCACCGAUGGCUCACGUAUCAUCUUCCGACUCAGUGGGACAGGCAGCGCCGGGGCAACUAUCAGGCUUUACAUUGACAGCUACGAGAAGGACCCACAAAAAAUCUAUGAGGACCCACAGGUCAUGCUUGCUCCUCUGGUGGACAUUGCCUUGAAGAUCUCUCAGCUACAAGAGAAGACGGGUCGCUCUGCUCCCACUGUGAUCACAUAAUUACCCAAGAGUCUCUAUUCACCUGAUCCAGCCCAGACUAGCCCAGACAUACUGUAUUCAACAAUGCCUUACAUUAUGAUCAUCAACUUCAUACCCCAGUCAUUAUGUGUCUAAUGUGUCCUCUUGAAAGUCUCAUAUUUCUUGUGUUUCACGUGCACAAUCAAAGAUCUGUAAAACACAUAUAAAUAGAGAAUAUUAAUAUAGACGUCUACAAAAUUU